CGUUUUCGAAGUACACGACAUUUUUGAGAUUUGGCAUGAUGAUGGCGUCGUCCCAGGAGACUUGGCGCGAUGGUACGUCACCACCAAUUCCAGCAAGACCAGAAUCGUACAUGCCGCAUGCCCUCCAUCUCGGCCUCGUGUCGAAGGAUCCGUCUGAUGUGCUCACCGCCGACUCAUUCAAGACUGUGCGAACAAAGGCGCGCCACCUUGCAAUUCUGUGCGGGUUCCAAGUUCGAAUGGCCAAGGGCGGCAGCAACAAACGACGUGUGUGGGUAUGUGCCAGUGCUGCCGAGUGUCCCUUCGCCAUCGUCGCCCAGAACAACAAGCAUGGCAUCGAGAUCAGAGCCAAGCUCGAGCACAACCACGCUUUCCAUGUCAUGCCGGAGCAAGGCAAGCGGUACACCACCGCCACGACCGAAGAACUCGCAUGCUACGUGCGGCAGUCGGACGUGUACCAGCACGCGACGGACAUCAAUAAACUCACUGGAAAGCAGAUCUCGGACGUUGUCUUUACCUACACAGGACGGCACGUCAAGGCGAACCGCGCCAGUGUCAUCAAGAAGCUGCUCGUUCAUUUCCCCGAGCGAGUGGUGCCUUGUGCGUCUCUCUUCCGCGGCCACCACUCUGAGCCUCCGCAACCUCUGUCGUCCACCCCCCUCCUCUCUGUACCGUCCUCGUCGCGUCCGCCGCCUUCCUCACAUCACCCCACUCUCGCCAUGCUCCCUGUCGAUGCGUCUCCCGUUAAGACCAUGGCCGAAGCCGUGUGGGACUGCUUUGUGUGCAUCGUCAACGCCCCGUGGACCGUCGAGCGCCUCGGCGUCGCGCGCGUCCGCCACAUGGUCGCCGUCUUCAAGCACGACCGCGACACGCUGCGGGCCACGCUGCUCAUGACGUGUCCGCGGUACCACGCGCUGCCGUGCAUGGCGACCAACCCCCCAGACGUCGAGCAGUUUGUCGAGCAGUACCUUCGGCAAACCGACCUCGGGUUCUAUUGACAAGUCCCGUGUAUCAAUAUAUUUGGAGUGAUGUUGUAUGCC